AGACCCACAUCAAGAUUUGCUGCCGCUAGGGGCGUCUAGAUUUCUAGGCUACCAUCCAUCGCUAACUGCAGGUCAGUAGCACAAGCAGUGGUAGUGCCAGGCAGAGGGCGCUCGGUCCCAUAGCAUGCUCCUUUGUGGUAAUAAAGCCUACGGUGAUAAACUAGUCAGCGUCCAAAAUGCACUGAAUCGAGCCAGCACGGAGCAUUUAAAAACUGUCGUCACGAAGGCAGUCCGUGGCGUUCGGGGCUCUGGAAACAGAUGCAGGGACUACAUGACUGUUUUGGCAUUGUCUCACUGAAACGGUACCGGAGGAAAACCUAGCUGCCCGCUUCGGUGUAUGCUAGAUAAGUUCAGGAGCCGCACUGUUGAUACCAGUGUCGAGUCAAUACCAGGGCGGAGAACAAAAAGAUUCAACGCUGAUGCUAGCGUUUUGGGAACACUGUUUCCCUCAGCUCAGAUCUGUACUAUUUUUGGCACACUUUGGCGAGCAACUUUUCUCUCAUCCUCCGGACAAUGACUUUCAUGACAGCUUCGGAAGAUAAAUAAUUUUUCUGCGGAGGUCAAGUUGAGGAGUUCCUACCAAAACAUGUGCCAGCCUCCGAGUCAAGGACACACUGUGAUGUGCUGAGGAUGGCUGGUCCAAACGCAAGUGCCUGUGGCCCUGCAGGCUAAACGCCAACCCUCCCCCUCCCUCCCUUCCUCCCUCCCCACCUGCAGAGGAAGGUCGGAAGGAAGGAUGCACCUGUCCCACAUCGGCAUCAGCAAGCUCUGCUUCCUCGUCUCGCUGGCCUUCUGCGCCUUCCUCCUGCUCCUGAUCCCAACCCUCCAGGCCCCCCCACGCCAGGGGGACCGGCUGCCGCCCCCGCCCCGACCUCAUGCCAAGCCCGCCAGCGAGGCGGAGGCCCGUUCUCCGUCCGGCGGCAGUGCCCGCUCGAACAAGACCACCGCGGGACGCAAGGUCACGCUCGACAAGAGCCAACAGACUCUUAAAGUGAAUGCCGGGGCCGAGUUCAGGUCCCUCAAGGGGGACGCAGGCGUUGCUGCCGCUGCUGCCGCUGCUCAGAGGAGAUAUUCGGGGUCUCGUUCCAGAGACCCGCUGGAGCUCAAAGACAUUUUCAUCGCCAUCAAAACAACCAAGAAGUACCACAAGACUCGCCUGGACCUGCUCUUCCAGACCUGGGUGUCCAGAGCAAAGGAGCAGACCUUCAUAUUCACUGAUGGUGAAGAUAAGGAGCUGAGGAAGAAACCAGGGCUGAAUAUGAUCAACACGAACUGCUCGGCUGCUCACACCCGUCAGGCCCUGUGCUGCAAGAUGUCUGUGGAGUACGACAAGUUCAUUGAGUCACAGAAAAAGUGGUUCUGCCACGUGGACGACGAUAACUACGUGAUCCUGCCCAGCCUGCUGCGGCUGCUGGCCUCCUACUCCCACACGCAGGACGUGUACCUGGGCCGGCCCAGCCUGGACCACCCCAUAGAGGCGGCCGAGAGGGUCAAGAGCGACGGAUCGGUGUCCGUCAAGUUCUGGUUUGCCACCGGUGGAGCCGGUUUCUGCAUCAGUAGAGGACUGGCGCUCAAAAUGAGUCCGUGGGCAAGCCUCGGCAACUUCAUCACCACGGCAGAGAAGAUCCGUCUCCCUGACGACUGCACCAUAGGCUACAUCAUCGAGGCGUUGCUGGAGGUCUCCAUGACGCACACACACCUGUUCCACUCACACCUGGAGAACCUGCAGCGGUUGCCCAGCAACACUGUGUUAGAUCAGGUGACCCUGAGCUAUGGAGGAUUUGAGAAUAGAAGGAAUGUGGUCAGUGUCGGAGGCAUCUUCUCAUUGGCCGAAGACGCGUCACGGUUCAAAACCAUCCACUGUCUUCUGUAUCCAGAGACGGAAUGGUGCCCCAAAAAGGGCCACCCCUGACCUCUGACCCCCGGCUGUCCCAGGGUCGCCCCCCCGUCCGUCGGAUCCCCCAAAGCACUCCUCCAUUUCUUCACGAACUAUCUCUGGUCCCCCUGGAGCAAUGUUGAGCUUCUCCAAAAAUCAACGGUUUACCACUUCUGGGACUUUUUUUCGUUAAAAAAAAAAAAAAAGCUGUUUCAGCUUUUCAUACACAUUUUUUAUUGAGGUACAAAAGCCAGGUUUGUAUCUGGCUGCUUCUUGAGACAGGGUAAAGGCUUUAAUUUAUUAUUAUUAGUCCCAAACCAUUUGAAAGACUGGAUGGACGGACAUGAGAAGUAUUAGUGAAUAUUGAAAAGCAAAUCAGUAUUACCGACAAUAGGUCUGUGGGGACAUGUUGCUUCAUUCUGUCAGGCUUUGACUUUUUUUUUCGCCAUCGGCCUGUUAAACGUACGUGUAAGAAUCCAUAAUAGCACAUGCCAGCCAAUAUUUUGACCACUGCUAAUGCAAUCGAGGUGUAGAAAUGGGAGCCUGUUUUACGACAGUGGAGCCAUUGUGCUUGGCGGCCAUUUUGUAAGAAACAUUUUGGGCUCUUUUUGUGUGAGUGAACCACAGCACUGAUUCAAUCACCCAAUCAUGCCAGGUUAUUCACUUGGAGGGAGUUAUUCAUAGUUCAGUUCAGGUCAUUACGCAAUUUGUGUGGACAUUAAAUUUAAUGACAUCAUUUCGAAGGCAGUAAAAUCACUGUCGUUUUAAAGAUCAUUAUUGCCCUGUUUUAAGAACCAUGAGAUUUGACACACACACACACCACCCCAUUAACUCCAUCAUGACAAAACGAAAUGUUCCAUUCCAAGUUCUUGCCUGAAAGGAGUGAUUUGAGUUGGUCAAUUUUUUAAGUAGACUUUUACCUUUUAAAAGGUCAAAACUUUUCAAAAAGAAAAGCUGAUAUUCCUGCCAAGUCUUGUGUGCUAGUCAGUCCCUGUGUCCUUCAUUAUGUUCUUGACUUUUCAUGCUCUGUUGAAUCGCAGAAGCGCAAUCACUGCUGGUCAGUGGUGGGUGUAGUUACACACAUGCCAAAACCAACACGCUAUAUGAUGUUUAUUGUCCUACGCAACACAACCUUGUGAAUGUGCACUCGAUCACAAAAAACAAAUGAUGGCUAGCACAUACCCGUGAUAAAACACUAUACGAGUGAGAGUUGCAAAAAACACUACCAAAGAAUGUUGUGGUUGAUUCCUAUGUGUUCUGUUCUGUUAUGUAUAUGUGUGUAAGUUUGUGUGUCUGAAAAUAAAGCAUGUUGCCAGUUGCUACAGA